ACCCUUUUGAUCUGGAGGCACAGGCCAAGAUAGAAGAAGACAUCAGGCAACAAAACAUUGAGGAAAAUAUGACGAUAGCAAUGGAAGAGGCCCCCGAGAGCUUUGGGCAGGUGGUGAUGCUGUAUAUUAACUGCAAAGUCAACGGACAUCCAGUGAAAGCCUUUGUUGACUCAGGUGCCCAGAUGACCAUCAUGAGCCAAGCCUGUGCUGAAAGGUGCAACAUAAUGAGACUGGUAGACCGGCGAUGGGCUGGCAUCGCUAAAGGUGUAGGGACGCAGAAAAUAAUUGGCAGAGUGCAUUUAGCUCAGGUCCAGAUCGAAGGGGAUUUCCUGGCGUGCUCCUUCUCGAUCCUUGAAGAGCAGCCCAUGGACAUGCUUCUAGGACUGGAUAUGCUUAAGAGGCAUCAGUGUUCGAUUGAUCUCAAGAAGAAUGUACUCGUGAUUGGCACGACUGGCUCGCAGACCACUUUCCUCCCGGAGGAACGUCAGAAGCCUUGAUGCAUGUAGUGUGUGUUUACUGCAGCUGGAGUGGGCCACAGACCAGAGAAUAGUGACAAAGAAACUACCUCACUGGAAAUGCCCUCAUUACCAGCUUCUGAUGGGUUUCAAAAUCCAGUCCAGUCUUCAGGACUAAAUUCCAAGAUCUGUAAUUCCACAAAUCAAUUACUUGAUCGUUCUGUCUCUGCCCCUGCUUCAGUUUGCUCAUCCGAAUCUAGCCUCGCGGAGCCCAUUGAUCCUAGAGCCGUCAAGUCUUUUGAGUCUUCAACUGAAUGCCACAUAACCCCUGAAGAGGAGCAUCCUCUCUUAUUACAGCGUCUUUCCAAUAACGCUUCCUCGGCAAAUAACGACCCUUCUCCUCAGACAGAGGAUGUAACCUGUUGCAAUCCAGCUUGCCUUUCACAGAAGACACCAGAAGAAACAUUUUUUGCUGACAGUCUGAAGGAAUGUAAUGCUAAAGAACAAGAUCAUGGUCAGGAACAGCCUUUGGAAGUGACUAAAGAAAACAGUUUGGCUGACACUGCUGCUAAGCAUGGGCAAAAUAAAGAUCUACGUCCGUCUUCAGAACGGGAGCAAAAGCAUGAGCUUCCCCAUGACCAUCAGACAUGCAAAGAACCAGAGAAGGAACAUCUGGAGAAGCAAACUGAGACAAGUGACCCAGAACCUCCUUGCCAUGUUGGUGGGGUUGAGAAACCUGUUACGGAAGAAGCCAGCCAGCCAGAAAAUCCUCCUCUGGAAAUGAGAGGAGAUGGACUGAAGAAAGCAGGUCUUUCCUGUGUGAAAGGGGGUAUCCAAACGUCAGCCUCCUGUAGCUAUGUGCAUGCAGAAGCCUUCAUGGAAAUAGAUGUAGUGGAGCCGUCUGUAGCUGAAGCACACAGCUCAGCAAGCGAGCAGAAGCAGGAGGCUGAGAACAGAAGUGUAUCUGACCUGAACGCAGACGCCUUUUCGAUGGAGGUGGAGUCACUGAAGUCUGCAUCCUCCUUGAGGGAUCCGUUUUCCAGCAGUGACGUCCCGCAGUCCAAAAGCACUAGUGAAAUCCCUGUGAAGUAUCAUGAGUUCUCUGAUUUGGCAGCUGAAGACAGCUCUUGCCCUUCCAGCAUCCAUCAGCUGGACACAGACCCAGGAAAACCUUCAGAAGAGCCCUGUCCUUCUCUAGCAUCAGCCUUGAAAGAGCUUCACAGACUCUUAAUUAUCAGUUGGAAAGAAGGAUGUAAAAUCCUUGCAUCUGAAGAAGUCUCUCGGCUGGAAAUGGUUCGCAAAGAGCCAGCAGCACAACAGAAGGGGCUUUCUGACAAUGAGCAGAAAGGCUCACAUCCAGUCAGCCAGGAACAGAGUUGUUCCUUCUGUGAGGUGAGGUCUGAAGGUGGAAGAGCAGAGGGGAAACAGCUUUGUGAUUCUGGCACAGAAGACGGCAGCACUGGGUCUGUCAGCCAUGUGCGGUCUGCUCUCGGAGAAGCUGCUUUGGAGGUUCAGAAGUUUUCAGGCAAGAGUGAUUCGGUCAUGGUGGAUUCUGCAGCAACAUCUGACCAGCAACAGAGCUGUGAGCAGGCGGAAGUUUCAGCAGAAGGUUGUCAGAGUCCACCCAGCCUGACUUUAGAGCAAAACGCAUCUGUUUCCUCUAAACCUGCUGUGGAUGAAGGUGCAUCUCAAGCUACUCAGAGCCUGUCCACAGGAGCACCCGGGAGCAGCAGUUGUGCUCCCGAAGGUCCGCGGCCAGUGGGUGGGUGUGAGGAACCACUGCUGAGCCCACCAGCUGGCUGCACUGGACUCACCUCCACUGCUUCCCCACCACCCGCUUUCCCUGCCGCUGAUGUAGAUCGCAUCCUCGGCGCUGGUUUUACCGCCCAGGAAGCUCUUGAGGCGUUGGAACAAGCGGAUGGAAACGCAGAUCUUGCUCUUCUCAUUUUGCUAGCCAAGGGUAUCGUUGUUCCUACAUAA